UCGGGUCGUAACCUCCGGCCGCCGGCUCGCUACCGGGUCCGCGCGCGCGGCCAUGGAGCUAGAAGUGCCGGAUGAGGGGGAGAGCGCCGAGGGAGGGACCGUGACCUCGGAGGCGACCUGGGCCUCGGAGAGCGGCGCGGCGGCAGGUUUGGCCCAGAAAAAGACUGCCCUGACUGAGGCCCCAUCGAUGACCGGACAGCCAGGCCCUGGGCACGGGAGGAAGCUGGGCCAUCGGGGCGUGGACGCAUCUGGCGAAACCACUUACAAAAAGACCACGUCUUCCACCCUAAAGGGGGCCAUCCAGCUGGGUAUUGGCUACACCGUGGGCAACCUGAGCUCCAAGCCGGAGCGAGACGUGCUUAUGCAGGACUUCUACGUCGUGGAGAGCAUCUUCUUCCCCAGUGAAGGCAGCAACCUCACACCUGCCCACCACUUCCAGGACUUCAGGUUCAAGACCUAUGCACCUGUCGCCUUCCGCUACUUUCGGGAGCUCUUUGGAAUCCGGCCAGACGAUUAUUUGUACUCGCUGUGCAAUGAGCCACUGAUCGAGCUGUCCAACCCUGGUGCCAGCGGCUCCCUCUUCUACGUGACCAGCGACGAUGAGUUCAUCAUCAAGACGGUGAUGCACAAGGAGGCAGAGUUCCUACAGAAGCUGCUGCCUGGCUACUACAUGAACCUCAACCAGAACCCGCGGACGCUCCUGCCCAAGUUCUAUGGGCUGUAUUGCGUGCAGUCUGGAGGCAAGAACAUCCGGGUGGUGGUCAUGAACAACAUCCUGCCACGCAUGGUCAAGAUGCACCUCAAGUUUGAUCUCAAGGGCUCCACGUACAAGCGGCGGGCCAGCAAGAAGGAACGAGAAAAGAGCAUCCCCACCUACAAGGACCUGGACUUCAUCCAGGACAUGCCUGAGGGGCUCCUGCUUGAUGCUGACACCUUUUCUGCACUUGUCAAGACGCUGCAGCGGGACUGCCUGGUGCUGGAGAGCUUCAAGAUCAUGGACUACAGCCUGCUCCUCGGUGUGCACAACAUCGACCAGCAGGAGCGGGAGUGGCAGGCUGAGGGUGCCCAAAGUAUGGCAGAUGAGAAGCGGCCGCUAGGCCAGAAGGCGCUCUACUCCACAGCCAUGGAGUCCAUCCAGGGUGGGGCCGCAUGUGGGGAGGCCAUCGAGACAGAUGACACGAUGGGCGGGAUCCCAGCUGUGAAUGGUCGAGGGGAGCGUCUGCUGCUGCACAUUGGGAUCAUCGACAUCCUGCAGUCCUACAGGUUCAUCAAGAAGCUGGAACACACCUGGAAGGCUCUUGUCCACGAUGGGGACACCGUCUCUGUCCACCGGCCCAGCUUCUAUGCCGAGCGCUUCUUCAAGUUCAUGAGCAACACAGUCUUUCGGAAGAACUCCUCCCUGAAGUCAUCGCCAUCCAAAAAGAGCCGUGGUGCCUUUUUGGCAGUCAAGCCCCUGGGGCCCACAGCCGCCUUCUCAGCCAGCCAGAUCCCCAGUGAGCGGGAGGACGCACAGUAUGACCUACGGGGGGCCCGCAGCUACCCCACGUUGGAGGACGAAGGCCGGCCGGAUCUCCUGCCCUGCACACCACCUUCUUUUGAGGAGGCCACCACUGCAUCCAUCGCCACAACCCUGUCCUCCACAUCCCUUUCCAUCCCAGAGCGGUCCCCCUCAGAGACCUCAGAGCAGCCAAGGUACAGGCGGCGCACACAGUCCUCCGGACAGGAUGGCCGGCCCCAGGAGGAGGCACGUGUGGAGGAGGACCUGCAGCAGAUCACGGUGCAGGUGGAGCCCACAUGCAGCGUGGAGAUAGUGGUCCCCAAGGAGGAGGAAGAAGGGGUGGAGGCUUCCCCGGCCUGUGCCUCUGCUGCUGUUGUUGAAGUAGAAACCGCCAGCCAGGCCUCAGAGCCCGCCAGCCAGGCCUCGGAUGAAGAGGACACGCCCGCCACCGACAUCUACUUUCCCACCGAUGAGAGGAGCUGGGUGUACUCCCCGCUCCACUAUAGCGCACAGGCCCACUCAGCCUCCGACGGCGAGAGCGACACAUAAUUUCUAUGCAGUCACCAACCCAUAGGAGUGGAGCUACACUUGGCCAGCCCAGCUCGGCCCAGAGCACAGGAGUUGCCACCUGGCUGCCGCUGGAUCUCAUUUGCCCACGUCUUCCCUUGGCAAUGGUCACUGAUGCUCCGGGCUGCAAAGCAACGGCCCUGGUUCUGUCAACUACCUACGCCUGUGAUACUGUGAACCGCCCUGAGUUUCCAGUCAUGUAUUUAUUUUGGGUCCUUAUUCUUUGCACAGAGAUGGCAGCACAUGGCUGUUUUUUUAGGGGGGGAAAAAGAACACAAUGGGAAAAGAAGACACUUCAUUCUAUGCACUUUUUGGUUCUUUGCUAUGCUUGCAUGUGUCUUGCUGAAGGAACAAGGCCCAUCGGCUUUGGAGACCUGCGCCUCAGUGGCCCAGCUACUCCAGCUGAAAAUCCUGCUCUGAGUUUCCACAGGCACCACCCUGCUCCACUUCCCUCUGUCUUGGAUGGAGCACCUAGGAGGGAGGGCCACCAGGUCCCCACUGGUUCCCAGGGCAUCUCUGGAAGCCACCCACCCAUGCCCAGCAGCUGCUCUCCGCUCAGGUUUGUGGGCCGGGCGCUGGACAUCUGUCCUUGGUGGAGGCCAACCAGUGGACUGGGGGUUGCUCACCACCCUACUGACUCCUCGGUCUGUCAGCCUAUGUUUCCCACCACCCCUGCCUCCCAGGUGACUUGGGCCCAGAAAUAGUCAGGCAGUGACUAGAAUGCGGACACACAGCCACCCCUCUCUCAAUGGAGCUCAGGGCUGUGGACAUCUCUCUCAUCCACUUGGACUGCUCAGUGUCUAGGAGAUAGGGCCCAAGUGAUGGGAGAUACCCUUUCAAAGCAAAAACAUCUGACUCUGAGAGGAGGCAACCAGGCCCUUCGCCAUGGGACUUCUGGAGACCUUGUGUCCUGGAGCAGGGCCCUCCCCAUGGGCAGGCACAGGGCCUAGAGGAACAGACUCUCUGCAGCAAGUGUUCCCCCAUGACAGGUGGGCAGCCUCUCUCUCAUUUUUAAAUGAUGAUGAUACCUGUACUGAUAAAAGGAUAGGGUAAGAAAUUCUUCAUGGAAAAUGGUGAGGGAUUUUUUGUCAUCUUCAGCAGGGGGCAGCCAUUCCUGGGCCCAGAGCCCCAUUGGGUGACUGCCAGGAUACCCUGCUCUGUGUCCAGAGGGGGCUGCUGGAGCCAACAGCUUUGCAGGGGCUCUCAGACCUCCACCUAGACACACACCCACUUCCUGAGGUGAAAUGUCAGUGAUGGCUGUCCCCGGCCCACUCUGCGGACCCCCACCAGCUUGGUCCCACAUGGGAGGUGCUGGGAACCGGCUAGGAGCUGAAGCCACAACUUUUGGAAGAAUUUCUGUCCUGCCCCUGCCUCCCUGGUGGAGCCUGAGACAACUGACAACCUGCUGAUCUAGGAAUCUGAUUUUUUGAGUCCUUUGCAAGCUGCAUACACUGUUGCUGCUUCCUGCUAUGCAGGUCCCUCUUCAUCCCACCUCCAACAGCCUGCUGGAGGGAACCUGUUGAUCUGGCUGCUGUCCGCUCUUCCCUGGAGAACCAGGCUGCACCCCAAAGGCUCUCUUCUUGCUGUCCACACGGGGCAGCACCUCAGCUCUGAGCAGGGCCAUGGGGGACACUCCAUGCAGCCUGGGGAAGGGGAUCCUCAGAGGACUUGUCAGAAUAAGCUUGCAGGUGGCUGAACAAGAAUCAAAACAGCAUUCUCUCUCUACCACCCAAGGAGCAUUUGUCCAGACCCUGGGACACGCCCUCACCUGGAUUUUAGAUCAGUGCCUGUCUGCAGGCACCCUGGCCACAUGCCACAAGUCACCAGUCUGUCCCUGACCAGUCCCACCACGAGGGCAGGCAGACCUUUGAAGGCGCAUCUCAGACCUGGAGGACUAACAGGGACAGCUGCAUCACCCAAACACCAACGUGAGAGUCCCCACCCAGGCCCCAGAGGCUGGGCACCAGAGACAUCCUGAGCCCCAGCGGGGAUGACCAGUGGAGCAGGCAGUCCUGGAAAAGUGGGCCCUCUGUCCAGGGCAUCCUUGGCCAGGGUGUCCUGGAGCUAUAGGAAUGAGCAGGGGAGUGGCCUGUGUGGCCCCCUCAGGUCCCCAGUCCCUGCUGGGCCCCUUGGGCUCUUCUGAGUGAAUUAUAGAACAAAUGCGUCAGUUGGAUGCUGACUUAUAGGAGAGAUGUGCAAACCUCCUGGAUACGACAUUUCUGUUUUUGUAUUAAGUCAGGAAGACCCCUUUGGAGACCCAUUUUGUGUUGUAGUCCUUGCCCCAGGACUGUGCGGACAUGAAGCAUUGGUUCAUUCUUUUCUGGUCGGGGGGCAGGAAGGCAAGACCUUAUUUAUAACUGUGUAGUGAACCCAUGGCCUUCCUCAGGCCCCUCAUCAGGAAGGCCCUGGACCCACCCAGCUGUCACCGGCCCUGCCCCCCCAAGACGGAAAUCUUUAAAUUGCCCCCACUUACCUCCUGUCUCAUCUCUGAUGGCCGCUGUCACUGAGAAGGUGGGCAGCGUCUGACUUGCUGUACUGUAAAAAUGAAAGGCAUUUCCUGAGGCUGACAGGGUAGAACCUUCUGUGUGUCCCCUGCCAGCCUCCUCUCAACUUCCCUUCCUCCACCACCUGGCUCAGUGCAAUACUUCCAUCCCUAAUGGGGUCUCUCUUGCCAUGGUACUGUCACCGCAGCCCCUCAGGCCCCAUCCCAACCUUGUUUUUAUGGCUGAACUGAUUUAGAAACAACAGAACUGCAAACCUUGUGUGUCUUAAUUCUCACUGGGGCUUCCGCGUGCUCAGCCCCCCAGUCUGGUAUGUGACAAUCCAGAGUGCAGCCUCCUGUGGGCACCUCUGUAACCUUGCAGCCACUGCUGGCCCUGAUAACACUCGUAUGCAGCCCUGGGCCCCAUCCCCACCAACCCUUCCUCUUUUUAUGUUGAAGAGAUCUCUCUAAUAAAUCUGGUAAAAGCAUCUGC